AUGCUGAAAUAUGGGACUAGUACUAUUGAUACAUCAAACCCAAUUGUCCUAAAAGUUCCUAGUGGUGGAGCAUGGGAAGUUAAAUUGACCAAAUUUGAUGAUGAUGAUCAUCUAUGGUUGGGUGAAGGUUGGCCAGAAUUUGCAAGGCAUCACUCCAUAAAAUGUGGAUAUACAUUGUAUUUUAGAUAUGAAGGCCAAUCUAGAUUUUAUGUAGUCAUAGUUAAUGAAAAUGGAUCAGAAAUAGAUUACCCUGUUAAUGAUUCCAAACAUUUUGAUAAGAUAAAUCCCGAUUUCGAUAAGCUACUAAUGCCCCUACCUGAGAAGGGUGAAAAAAAAACCAAGAUCUUCAUUGUGAUGAAAUUAUCUUCAACAGUCAGGAGGUUUAAGGCUUGUGCUAAAUGGGGUGAUGGAUUAGGUGAACAUUUUGUUGUUCCUAGCAUUAAGACUUUAAUGACUAUAAAAGAGAAAGAAAAAGAGAAAGAUUUAUCUAGGAAUGAAAACUUGGCAUCCCAAAAUCCAUUUUUCAAGUCUGUCAUACAAAAAAGGCAUUUACAUAUUCAAUAUGACAUGGCCUUACCAAAAAAUUUUUGGAGACAGAAUAUGAAUGAAAACUCUUGUCAUUAUAUUACUCUACAUGUUCCUCAUGAUCAAAAUAAGAUUUGGCCUGUAAGACUUUAUGUGCGUCUUAGAAGUACUUGCCUAUUUCGAAGGGCUGCAUUUCGAAAAAAGGAUUGGCAGAGAUUUGUUGAUGAAAAUCAUUUGAAAGUGGGAGAUGUUUGUAUAUUUGAACUUAUUGAUAAAAAUGAAAUGAAGUUCCAAGUUACCAUUAAUCGAGCAAAUUCUGAAGACAAUACUAUGAAGUUUGGGACUAGCAGCAAGGUUAUUAAUGGCACUGCUUUUGAGGAUGACAAAUUGUUUGGAGGAGAGAUUAAACAGUCUAAUCCCAGUUUCCGAUUGAAAUUGGCGGUGUCAGGUUCUCGGGUGCAGCAGCGCAUUCCGAUCCGUUUUUCAAGGCAGUUUUUUAAGGAAAAACCGAAAGCUGUAAGACUUAAGGUGGGGAAGAAGUGUUGGGAUGUUAACUUGGCACAUUGUGGAGGUGGAGUGGUUUUAUGUGGUGGAUGGCCUGCAUUUGCUAAAGACAACAGAUUGGUUCCUGGAGAUUCUUUAAUCUUCAAACUGAUAACCAACCAAGUCAAUCAUACUUUGCUAGAAGUUACCAUCAUUUCUCAUUGUAUUGGCAAUUAG